AUGAUCACUGUCCUCUCUGGUAAAGAAACUCCUUCCAAGGAUCCAGCCAUAUCAAGUGAGUUUAUAGUCUCAUCUGAAGACAAGGAAAGAUGUUUCCUGCCACAGAACAUGACUCCAGAUCUGACGCUCUCCUUCAGUGUGAAGAGCCGCUCCCGGAGAUGCGUAAACGGCCUCCUGCAGGAAGCGGCCAGGAGGCGGCUCUGGGCCCUGGAGAAUGAGGACCCGGAGGUGCGUGCCCUGUUUCAGGACCUCUCAGCCAGGUUGGUGGGCAUCCAGUCCCAGAAGGCUCAGUUCCUCAUCACCUUCAAGACCAUGGAGGAAAUCUGGAAGUUUUCCACCUACUUGAACUUAGGCUAUGUGUCUGCAUGUCUGGAACAUGUCCUCUUUGACCAUAAGUACUGGCUCAACUGCAGAUUGGUGGAAGAUACAGAGAUCCAAGUGUCAGUGGAUGAGAAACACCUGGAGACAAUAUACCUGGGACUCCUGAUACAGGAAGGCCACUUCUUCUGCAGAGCCAUGAGCUCCGUGGCUCAGCCAGCUGAGAAGGAAGGGGAGUAUUUGACGCUUUGCAAGAAGGAGUUACUCUCCGUGAAGAUAGUUGAAGGCGAAUCCGAGUGGGAGGGCGUGUCCCUGGUGACGGGUCAGCGGGGCCUGGUGCCCCUGUCAGCUCUGGAACCUCUGCCGCUCCCUUUCCACCAAUGGUUCCUAAAGAAUUAUCCAGGAAGCUGUGGCCUUUCCAGGAAGAGGGAUUGGACAGGCUCCUAUCAGAUCGGUCGAGGAAAAUGUAAGGCCUGGAAGGAAUAUGAGAGGGAAGAAAAGGAUGAGCUGAAUUUUCACCAGGGAGAAAGCAUCGAGAUCAUCGGCUUUGUCAUACCUGGGCUUCAGUGGUUCAUUGGGAAGUCAACACGCUCAGGAGAAGUGGGCUUUGUUCCCACCAGGAGCAUAGAUCCUGAGUCGUAUUCCCCAAUGAACAAGAGCUCCGCCUUUUUCAGUGACGAGGAAAGAUGCUCUCUGUGGGUCCUGGGAAGUGACAGGAAAGCUGAGUGUGCCAGCUUCCUCCACACGCUUGCUCAUACUGACAUAGCAUCUGUCUACCGGCUUAGUGGGUUUGAAUCCAUCCAGAGUCUUCCAAACGAUCUAAGUGCGUCCCAGCCUGAAGGCUUCAAGGAGGCCAGGCCUGGCAGAGCCUGGGAGGAGCAUCAGGCCGUGGGCUCCAGACAGUCCAGCAGCUCUGAGGACUCCAGCCUGGAGGAGGAGCUCCUCUCAGCCGCCUCGGACAGCUAUCACUUGCCAGAGCCUGAUGACCUCGAUGACCCGGAACUGCUCGUGGACCUUGCUAGUCAGGAAGAGGAGGAGGCUGAGAACUUCGCCCCCAUAUUGGCUUUUCUGGAUCACGAGGGUUACGCUGACCACUUUAAGAGCCUCUAUGAUUUCUCCUUCUCUUUCCUCACAUCUUCCUUUUACAGCUUCUCUGAGGAGGACGAACUUGUGGCCUACCUGGAGGCCUCAAGGAAGUGGGCCAAGCGGAGCCGCAGGACCUGGGCCCACGCCCGGCUCUGCUUCCUCCUGGGCCGGCUGAGUGUCAGGAAGGUCAAACUCUCCCAGGCCAGGGUCUACUUUGAGGAGGCUAUGUACAUCCUUGAUGGGACAUUUAAAGACCUAUCCUUGGUGGCUGCUCUGUAUAUCAAUCUGGCUGCCAUCUAUCUGAGGCAGAGGCUAAGGCAUAAAGGCUCGGCUCUGCUGGAAAAAGCAGGGGCCCUGCUGGCCUGCCUGCCGGACCGUGAGUCUAGUACCAAGAAUGAGCUCGACGUGGUGGCCUACGUAUUACGCCAGGGCAUUGUGUCAGGCAGUUGUCCCUUGGAGGCCAGGGCCUGCUUCCUGGCCAUCCGACUGCUCCUAAGCCUAGGCCGGCAUGAGGAGGUCCUGCCCUUCGCCGAGCGCCUGCAGCUCCUCUCUGGACACCUUCCUGACUUGGAAGUUACAGCAACCAUCUUGAGUUUUCUGUAUGAUAAGAAAUAUCUCCCACACCUCGCAGUGGCCUCUGUCCGGGAACGUGGUACCCAGAGUGGCCAAGGGAUGUCCUUUCCAAUUUGGCAGGUCUACCUGGUUCUCCAGAACACCACCAAACUCCUUGGAGUUCCCUCUUCAAGCUGGGGUGAAGUUUCUGCUCUGGCCUGCCCAGCACUCAGCCAGGCACUGGCUGCCUGUGAGGAGCAGGCCAGUCGGAGCACCCAGAGGGCCCUGUGUCUCAUCCUGUCCAAAGUGUACCUCCAACACAGGUCUCCCGAUGGUGCCAUUCACUACCUGAGCCAGGCCUUGGUGCUAGGGCAGCUGCUGAGUGAGCAGGAAGCCUUUGAGUCUUCCCUCUGCCUGGCAUGGGCAUAUCUCUUAGCCAGCCAGGCCAAGAAGGCUUUGGACAUCCUCGAGCCACUCCUAUACUCUCAGAAGGAGACAGAGAGUAUCACCCGAAAGGGGGUGGUCCAUAACCUCCUGGGACUUGCACUUCAAGGUGAAGGCCGGGUGAACAGGGCAGCCAAGAGCUAUCUCCGGGCCUUGAACAGAGCUCAGGAAAUGGGGAAUGUGCGUAACCAGGCGGUGACGUUGGCCAAUCUUGGCCACCUGACCCUUAUGUCCUGGGCUCAGCAGCCAGCCAAGGACUAUCUCCUGCAGGCCAUCCGACUCUAUUCUGAACUCCAGACCAGCAUGGAGACAGACAUGGAAUUAGUACAGGUCCUUCUCUGGUUGGCCCAAGUCCUGGUGCGUGGGCGCCAGCCAGCCAGUGGCCGCCUUUGUUAUGAAAUGGCAUUGCUGUUUGGCUUAAGGCAUCGACACCUGAAGAGUCAGCUUCAGGUCACCAAAUCCCUCUGCCAUUUCUACAGCUCUGUAUCCCCAGACCCCAAGGCAUGCAUCACUUACCACGAACACUGGCUGACCCUGGCUCAGCAACUCAGGGACCGAGAGAUGGAGGGGAGGCUGCUGGAGUCCCUCGGGCAGCUCUAUCGGAACCUGAACACGGCCAGGUCUCUCAGGAAGUCUCUCACCUGCAUCAAAGAGAGCCUGCGUAUCUUCAUCGACCUAGGGGAGAAAGACAAGGCUGCUGAGGCCUGGCUCGGAGCUGGGCGACUCCACUACCUCAUGCGGGAAGAUGAGCUGGUGGAGCUGUACCUACAGGCAGCCAUCCAGAAAGCCCUGAAGUCUGAGGAGCCCUCUCUGGCUCUCAAACUCUAUGAAGAAGCAGGUGAUGUGUUCUUCAAUGGGACCCGCCACAGGCACCGUGCGGUGGAGUAUUACCGAGCCGGGGCCGUUCCUUUAGCGAGGAGGAUGAAGGCCCUGAGAACAGAGCUCCGGGUUUUCAAUAAACUGACGGAGCUGCAGAUCAGCCUGGAAGGCUAUGAGAAGGCUUUGGAGUUCGCCACCUUGGCGGCCAGACUCAGCACGGUCAUAGGAGAUCAGAAGCAGGAGCUGGUGGCCUUUCACCGUCUGGCUACGGUCUACUAUUCCCUGCGCAUGUACGAGAUGGCUGAGGACUGCUACCUGAAGACUCUGUCUCUCUGUCCACCCUGCCUGCAGAGUCCCAGGGAGGCCCUAUACUACGCGAAGGUGUAUUAUCGCCUGGGCCGACUCACCUUCUACCAGCUGAAGGAUGCCCAUGAUGCUACCGAGUACCUCCGGCUGGCCCUGGCAGCAGCGGUCCUGCUGGGUGAUGAGGAGCUGCAGGACACCAUCAGAAGCAGGCUGGACAACAUCUGCCGGAGCCCCCUGUGGUACAGCAGCCCCUCCGGGCGCUCCUCAGAGAGGGCGCGGUGGCUGAGCGGCGGGGGGCUGGCCCUCUGA